AUGCGAAAAACGUGAAUAUCCUUUAAUAGUUAUCUAAAGUGAUUAAUUUGAUGAUUGGCCAUAAGAAUUAUUUUGUUUUCUGUUGCUAUUGUUUUACCUCAUUACAAUGGAUAUACCAGCUCCGCCAAAUGAUAUUGAAUUAAGAAACAUCAUUGACAAACUUGCGGAAUUUGUGGCACGAAAUGGUCCUGAGUUUGAGUUGAUGACAAAAACUAAACAAAAAGGAAAUGCAAAAUUUGCUUUUCUUUACGGCGGCGAAUAUUACAACUAUUAUCAAUAUAAAGUUGCAACCAAACAGCAGCAGAUUAUGCAACAACAAGGAGGCCAUCAAUCUGCAUUGAUGGGACAGCAGAUGUCCAUUUUCGCUCAGCAACAACAGCAAUCUCAGCAACAAACUCAAAAUAAUCAAAUGCCCCAGAUAUGGUCCAAUCCUCCGCAGCAGCAACCGCAACAACAACAACCACAGCAACCAGUCAUAAGUCCCCAAAUUGCGGCUCAAAUUGAGGCCAUAGCAGCACAACAAACUACGCUGAGAGAGCAAAUUCGUCAAUCGGAACUAAACCUUCAAGCUCAGCAUGGGGUAUUACUUCAACAACAACAGGUACAAAUCGACGAAGCUGUAACACGAGCUCAAAAUGAUGCCUUAGUAAAACAGGCUGACGAUCAUAAGAUUUCUUUGGGCGAAUUUGAUGCCAAAUUGCAGCCUAUCGUCGAUUCUUGUACAAAGGACAGCAUUUCCAACGGAAAAGGCUGGAUUUUACAGCAUUGUACCGAUUCGGGAAAAUGUCAAAUUAUUUCGCAGUAUCUUUUGAGAAAGGCAUUAAUAGCUGGAGUGUUAUUUACGCAAAAAUUGCAUCUGAUAUAUUUAGUUAAUGAUGUUAUCCAUCACUGCAUCCGAAAAAGGACCGAUGAGCUGAAGAAGUGCUUAGAGAGUGCAGUAAUUCCUAUGUUUUGCAAUGCGCAAAUUACUGCAGCUACUGACGAACAACGAGCCAAGCUUACCAAGCUUUUGUCACUGUGGGAAUCCAAGGGAAAUUUUUUCGAUGCAUGUGUCAUCUCGAAAUUAAAAUCACCACCUUCUUCUCUACAAGAGUAUCAAAACUCACUUCUUACCCAGUAUGCAGCCAUCGUAGCACAGAUCACCCAAAACACAAAAGUAACCUUCGAUAAUUACCAACAACAGCAUCAAGCAUUCGUACAGCAUGCUACACAACAAUUAACAUUGCUCGAGAAACAAAAACAGCAAAUUGAGCAGCAAGCCAUCAAAGCUGCGUUGGCGGCUCAACAAAAGCCUUCAGGACCAGUCCCGUUGUUGCCAGAGCUGUCUAUUGCAUCGUCAAAUAAUGGCAUUGGCUCCGUCAACAGUCUACUAUCGAAUAAUCGUCCUAAUGAUCGUGAAGUAUCUAUCCCAUCAUUGUUGGAUCAAAACAUCAACUUUAAUCUGCUAUCGGGUGCUAUACAAAACCUACAAAACCUCAAUGUUCAAGGACAAAACAAUCGAACCAAUGAUGGUGGAUCGAAUAAUACGGCUGGACCUGAUAAUCGUAGUGGAAGUUAUACGCAUUCUAACGACUCAGCUGAAGGUAAUAACAACAGCAAUAAUAACAAUGAUGACUAUUCGCUGCCACCACCCACGUUUCCCAUACCGGAUAUGUCAAGGCCUCCGCCUGGAAUGCACGAUUUCGCUUACGAUUCCCGUGAGAACGAACCUUUAGACGAUGGGUGCAAUGAUUACGAUGACAAUCCUCCUGAUGAUGAAGAUCGUUGCGAGAACGAUCAGCUGACGCAAAAUCGCGAAGAUGAAAAUGAAGAAUUUAAAGAGGAAAAGCGAACACCCACGCCCGAGCAACUCACGCCGUCAAUACCUUACUUUGAGCUACCGGCCGGCCUGAUGGUACCGCUAAUCCGUUUAGAAGAUUUUAACUACCAUCCUUUGGAUCCCGAUCAAAUUCGACUACCUCCUCCGGCACCUCCUAACGAGCGACUUCUAUCUGCUGUAGAAGCUUUCUAUGCCCCACCUAGUCAUGAAAGACCACGUGACGGCGAAGGCUGGGAAAAGCUUGCUUUAUACGAAUAUUUUAAAGUCAAAAAUGCGUCACGUAAACAAAAAGAGGAAGAAAUUGAAAGUGGCUUACGAGAAAAGUCUCGUUCUCCAUCACCAAUUGAACCCGGUUGGUUGAAAGCAACAAAAGCACAGAAGAAGCGCGUCUAUCGAUCACGUAGUCGCAGCCGAUCAAAAUCCAAAUCUCGAGAUCGUUCACGGUCAAGAUCACCACGACACAGAAUGCGAUCUCGGUCGCGGUCCAGGUCGAGAUCACCUCGUCGAGGACGCAAUCGAAGUCGCUCGCCACCACGCAGAGAAAGAGAUCGUUCCAGAGAACGGCGAUCGCCUACUCCACCAAGCUUCGGUGGCAGCGGCUUCGGUAGUAAAAUGAAUCCUGCUCCUGCUGUUGAACCUAAAAUACAACCAAUGACUAAGCCUGCAAUCGGCGGUGCAACGGCCGGUGGAAUGUUACAGGGCAUGGUAUCUAAUGCCGGGAAUGAAGUCUGGGGUGGAUCCGAUCGCGAAGGUUUGGGAUCGUUUGGUGCAAGAAACUCCGAUCCAUACGAAAGUUUUCGUAAGAACAAAGGAGCUGCUUUUAUUACGCGUAUGAAAGCUCGGUCUGAUGAUAGAUGAAGGACGAGAAGGAAGAAAGGCAGACAUUCAUGAGAGGUCCCAAAUAAAUAGAUAAAAAACUCAAGGUCGUGAUUGUGAAACAAU